UAUAUUACACAUCUUAAUCUAUAUAGCGUGUGUGUGUGGUGGGGUGGGGGAGGUCACGGUCGAAAUAUAGUAUGAGAUUGAAUUGAGAAACUGAAAAAAAAAGUUAUAUGAGUGUGUGUGGACCUAUGUGUCAGGGGCGCAUAAUGGAGCAGGUGUUUCCAAAUGAAGCCAAAAGUCUAUGUCAGAGAAAAUACGAUGCGAAGACAGACAGACAGAAAAGGAAAGAGAAAGCAUGCCGGAAAAUUUCAUUGCAACAGAUGCACUAAAAAAUGAAACAUCAUCGACAGAUUCUUCAAUCAUGUUCCAAGUGUUUUGCUUCAUUUCGACUUUGACAAUACUUUAUGUCAUGAAAGUAAAAGGUACACAGGGGAAAGCUGUGAUGUUUUACGAGAACAUUGCUGCAGACACAAAUGAAUGCACUAAAACACAUCAACCAGGUUCAAACAGGAUUGUACUGAGGGGUCAAGCGCACUUACCCACACAAUCGAACUGGACAAGCUACAUCAUCUUUGACCAGAAAUCGGAUACUUCUAAUGACUUCAAACUGCUGUGUCUAAUAGAUACCAGAUUACAAUGUGAAAGCAAUACUGUCUCUGACAUUUGCUACUGUCAACCAACUCAAACCGAAGACACGUACCAAUUUGUUGUUAAUAUCAGCACAGUCACAACUGAAAUGAGUGGGCUUGUCAGGGCUUAUCUAAUGAUGAAAAACUCGACCUCGGUCUUUACCCAGACUUCAUUGUCUUCUUGGCAAGAAAGUAAUUCUCCUGUGAAAACAAGCUUGACCAUCAAUGACGAGCCAGUAGGGGACAAUUGCACGGCAACAAUACACAGUAAAAAACUCAAAAUCGAAGCAAAUUGUACAGGCAUGAGGGGCCCUUGCUGGCUGGAGCUGACCACUGGUCACAACUCUACGCCCGCAGUUGGCAACAGACAUAUUUUCUUUGAACACAGUGUGGAAUCUGACUCUAACGUCACUGUGGUACUGAGUCGGUCACGCUGCAACAAAGAGAAUUUCCAAGAAAUGUAUAGAUGCCAAAUAACUAUUAUGACAUCCAUGGAGGUUUCCGAAGCAUCAACUAACACUGCAAUAAUUGGUGCAAUAGUUGGUGCAGUUCUGGUGCCACUUGGGGUUAUCAUCAUCAUCAUCUCAGUUGUUGUUUAUAAGAAGAAACUUGCACAGAGAGAGAAACAAGAUCACGGAAAUGACACUGACACACAGGAAAAAGAGAAUGAUGUCGUGACCACGCCACUAAUCUAUUCUGAUGGGGAUACUCAAGGCAAUAGUCCGACAGAGACAGCUACAUAUUCUGAAAUUCCGUCUGACCAUAGGAGUUCGUUCACAACUUCUGCUGGUGAACGGGUACAAGUCCACUGUACUAUUGAAAUUGAAAAUCAGAAAGACGCAGACUCUUCUACACAACCUGUGUAUCUGGCUGAUUCUAGAACUUGGACUAGUUCUGGAAAUGAAGGAACACAAGACUAUUCUAGACCUGGAACUGAAGAGCAGACGCCAGUAAAAACAUUUGAUCAAAUUACACACCUUAAUAUUCCAGAAGAAUUUAUGAAGAGGUAUUCUCCUGUUAUGACCCAGCUGAAGGCCACAAGGCAGCUAAUUUCUAAAUAGUACAACCAUAGCAGAAGUUUAUGAUUCCGAGGAUGGAUGACAUGCUAUAAAUUUCAGAUGUUACUUCAAAAAGAGAAGAUAAUUGCGUCCUAUGGAGCUAUUACGUCUUACUAUUCAAAGUGUGACAUAAUUAUGACAAGAAAUGUAUUAAAUAUUACAUAGCCCCCGAUUCGAUCAGAAUACUUUACAAGGUAUACAUAUAUAUAUUAAGCUUGAAGACAAUGGCAUAUACUGAGUGCGUGUAUGUGACUAGAAUGAUCUUGAUUAUAUUGAAAGUGGCCUUAGUUAUACAAGUCUUUAGAUGACGCGUUGUGAUUGGCAAUGGUUGUGAUUAUGUUGUGGUCUUUUUCUGCUUCAUCCUGUAUAUUUGGCUUGAAGGUUCCUUAUUAUUCUGAGCAUUGUUUUGAUGCUUUAUUUAUUCAGCGUAAGUUGUUGCAAUUAAAACUGCCAAGAGUAUCUGUUACUUUUUAGAUGUUUGCGUGUAUUACACGUGGUGGAUAACUAUGGAUAACAUGCUUUUUGGUAUAGCCGAAGCUAACAAUAUAACAAUUGUUGAUCAUGCAGCAUUAUUUUUAACGUUUACUAUUAUUUCUGGAGCACUUUUAGCACCGUAAAAACUAAUCUCUUUUGUUGUUGCGUAUACAUUUGUACCGGUUAUUUGCAACCAUGAUAUUGAAACAUAUCGACCUUCACAUUGAUUAGUUACCUUCGAAUUUCCAGCUUUUUUGCUCUUACAAAGCUUACAUCAACUCACUCUGUCUGUCUGUCUGGUCAAAGGUUUGUACACGUUAUUUGUCCGACACCCAAUCUCGGAUCAAGUGGAAAUUUUGCAGAAUUAUUUCCUUUACCUGAAAACACGAGAAUCAAUUAAAAAAACAACAACAAUUAGUUAAUUAACUAUUAGUGAUUUUUUUUUUUUUUUUUUUUUUUUUUUUUUUUUUUUGGUAUCUCAAACAAGGGAAAUAAAUAGUACUUGACUGAAGUGGUGGUAUAAGCUGAAUUAGUCCCUUUUAUUUUAGGUUGCCGUCUUAGGCUUAGUAAACACAUACAUGAAAUAGAAACAAUAGAUAACUUCUCCGUGUUCAUAGACUCUUUGCUGGUAGCUGGUUACCCCGUUGUGUUGAGAAGCCUGAGAAAGCCUUUGCCCACAUGUUCUACUUAA